GAAAUUUAUAUCUGACUUACAGACUGCUCUCACAUGACUGACCUGCAACUCCGUAUUCAAAACCAGACAAAUUAAAAGCGAUGCCUGGAGGUUCAACUUUCCAUCCUUCUCUGUAAGUAGGUUUACCUGAUUGCCCUUGUGGUCUCUGGAGCUGACUCCUGUCUGUCACCCAUUCUCAGGACUAGUAUCAGGCUGCUGCACUCUCCAUUAAGCUAAGGUCCUCCAUAACCCACUUACUUUUCCUUUUACCCUCUCUAAAAAGCAACUAUCAGACCCCUAUACUUUUCUCACUUUCUCACUCUUUGUUAUUCUGGCUCUCCCAACCAUGGAAGCUUUCAGCUUACUCAAGUACUGGAGAGGUGGUGGCGAUGGUGGUACUGGCGCUUCUACUGCUGCUGCUGCUGCUUCUGUUAGUGGCGGUGUUGCCGGUGCCGGUGAUGGUGACGGUGACGGUGACGGUGAUGGUGCUGGUGCUAAUUUAGGCACUACCGCCGCCACUGUAGUCACGGCCGUUACUCAUCAGUCUGCAGAGACGGAUGACGACGACGACGACGACGAUGAUGGCCCCUUUUUUGACUUGGAGUUCGCGGUUCAAGACGAAGCUGAAGAAGAAGAAGAGGAGGAGGAGGAGGUGGAUAAUGAUGAUAAAAAUGAUGAAGAGAACCAAAACGACGAUGCUGACUCUGAAGAGGAAGACGUGAAUGAGUUCAAAUUCACGAUUUCCUCAAACUCUAGUGGCGACGGCGGCAGCAACAACAACGAACCUGCGGAUCCAAACCUUACACUCUCUCCAUCUGAAGAUUUGUUCUUUAAAGGUAGACUCGUGCCCAUUGAGCCUUCUUCACUCGUGUUCAACUCAAACGAGCCCAAUUCCAGGCCACAAUUCCCAGUCUCUCUGCUGAAAUCCGCCACCAAAUUUCGAGUCUUUAUGUUGGGCUUCAAGAAAUCGAAACAACAAAAUAAUGUUUCUGAGAAAACAGAAGCAAAUAACGGAUCUGUUCCCAAACAGCAACAGAAGCAAGAAACAGAAAAAGAAAAACAGAGCAAGUUUUUCACAGUGAAGUUCAAAGUUGAGGAAGUUCCUAUUGUGUCUAUGUUCACCAGAGACAACAGCAGUUCAAGGAAGUCACAGAACCCAUUGAAUCUCGAAUAUUCAGCAACCUCUGACGAGAAAAAAUUUUCCAAGGAUGUCAUGCAGAAAUACUUGAAAAAGGUUAAGCCUCUUUACAUUCGCGUCUCUAAACGUUACGGGGAGAAAUUGAAGUUCUCGGGUCAGUUAAACUUAGGGGGCACAAUGACCAACAAACCCGUUCAGUCACCACCGUCAACGGCCGGUCAAAAGUCAAACCCUGUGAAAGCAACUGCAGAGAAUAGAGAGACUGAGACGGAGGCCAGUGAAAAUCAGGUCAAGAGUCAAAAGCAGGCAAAUAUUCCGGAAAGGCUGAGAGUUGUGUGUAAGCAUUUGGCGAAAAGCCGAUCGGCUUCGUCUGCCGUAGCUGCAGCGCCAGCCGCGCCUGUUGUUUCCAGGAGAGACGAUUCACUGCUGCAACAACAGGAUGGAAUUCAAAGCGCCAUUUUACACUGCAAAAGAUCCUUCAAUGCCUCCAGAGAUUCAGAGUCUUCUCUGUUACCGAGAUCUGUAAGUGACCCGUCUCAUCAAAAAUCAGCCAUUGAAGGAAAAGAAGAGAGCUUUGCGGGCUGCUAAACCCAAAAAGCGGGAAAAUCGGUUCCAAGUUGAUAUCAAUAUCUCCCUUUGACGUCGUUAUCAGUAGUGUUGUAGCGUAUCUUGUUCUCUGUAAAUUUAUCUAGUUAUAAAUUUUCAUUUUAUUUUUGCAAUGGACAAGUUCUAGGUAGGGUAAGUAAAAUAGUAGUUUGGAGAUGUUUAGUGAUGACGACUGGUGAGUAUAUGAAAGCUCAUGUAUCUUUCUUUCUCUGAAAGUGAAGCAAGAAUCAGAUCUUUCUAUCUA